AUGUCUGGACGGACUGUGACCAUCCCGGACGACCGGGCGUUCGCCAGCUUUAAGUCGGAGUGUCUGAGUGAGGAAGGCUGGAAUGUCACCUACAACAAGGGGGGCAUCGCGGUGUGGAGCCAGGUGCUGGAGGAGGGCAAGUCUGUCCACAAAAUAAAGUGUCGGAUGGUCACUAAGGACGUGUCAGCUGAGACCAUGUACGAUGUUCUCCAUGACAUUGAAUACAGAAAAAAUUGGGACAAGAAUGUCAUCGAGACCUUCGAUAUUGGAAAGCUUACUGUCAAUGCAGAUGUUGGUUAUUAUGCAUGGAAGUGUCCUAAACCGCUCCGUAACCGAGACGUUGUCACGCUUCGCUCCUGGUUACCAAUGGGGAAAGACUACAUCAUCAUGAACUACUCUGUUAAGCAUGCAAAAUAUCCUCCUAAAAAGGAUGUGGUUAGAGCUGUGUCCAUACAGACUGGCUACAUGGUCCAGAGCCAGGGGCCCAACCACUGUGUCCUCACAUACAUGGCGCAGCUAGAUCCACGAGGUUCAUUACCCAAGUGGGUUGUGAAAAAGUUUUCCCACUACCUUGCACCAGGCGCAAUGAAGAGUAUUAACAAAGCAUGUUUGAAGUAUUCUGACUGGAAGCAGAGACACAACCCUGGAUUGAAGCCUUGGCUCUACCCAGAACAGACUACAUUACCCAGCAUCCCACUUUCUGAGCUUAGCAUUCAGCAUGCCGAGAGCCUGGAAAAUAUUGAUGAGAGCUCCCUGGCUGAGACCAAUGACAGGGAUGACAGCUACUAA